UAGAUAGGCGCCGCAGUCAGGGAUCGUCAUCGUCACCAUCAUUACCGAGCUUCGCACCGCAUUCGUCCCUUGAUCAGUAGUGGGCAUACACCAUCGGCAGAGGGAAACCAAAGCCGUGCACUCGAGGAGACGUCUAGCUAGCUCUACGUUCUCCUGCAUCUAUGUCAUCGUCGCCUCCGCCCCUGCGGCAGCCAUCGCGGCACCCGCCACCAGUCGGCCUCGGAAGAACGCCGGGGUUUGGCCGAGACGUGCCGCGCUACGCCGGUGAGCUGUCACCGUUUCUCGAGCACGCGUUCCUGUCGCCUGGCACUUCGAGUACCGCCUGGUUGGCCGCGGCGUCGUCCCAAGCGUCGCCGAAGCCUUCUGCGUCAAGUUUAUCCGCGAAUGCACCCCAAAGUAGUUCGGACAUCGACCCGCUUCACGAGUCAUCUGGGGAUCCCGAUAGCGGCAGCGCUGGCAGCUUCAGAAGACAGAGCAGUGGUGACAGUGGCCCUUCGGCUGGCGGAGAAUCGGCGACCACGACGACGGGCUCAUCGGCACCCCUGGUGACGACCGCCAGGUUGCGCGAGGAUCGCCGGUCAGUCUCACGCCUGAUGAUGGCGCUGGCCAUCUUCUCCGUGAUCUGCUCAACGGUGAUAGCCCUUUCGAUGGUAGUGCACGCACGACUCGACAGCAGGCUGCUCAGCGACCGACGCGGGGGCAGCGCCUCCGACACGACGCCGGAGCUGGAGGUCAGCUUUGAGCCGUCCGGAGAAGGCGCCGGUGCCAAGAAGCACAAGUCCGUGGGCCACAAGUCAAGGCCAGCCCGAAAACGGAACCCCGGAGAAGCCUCGACUCAAAUACAGCCGCACUUCUCGAUUGAGACGCAUGCACCGUUGUCUGUCAAGGCGAAUUCGUCGGCCAGACUCAACAAUCGUUCCACCGGCCAGUCGCUACACGAAACAGUAUCCGCCAGCCAGACUGCUUCCAGUCUUGCCAAGAUUACCAGUUCCAGCUACACCGUCAGCUCGGUCAACGCCACCAGCUCGGCUAACCCCAGUCACACUGUCAGCUCAGCGAGCAAAGAGCCGGCGACGAGCGGCAUCAGCUCCCGCGACGGAGUUCCUGACACGAGCAACGCUGGGAAUGAGGCAGCGUCACCCAAUACUUCAAGCAGGGCGACGACUCAGGUCGUGGAGCUAAAUCUCAGCGAUGCCGGUAAAGGAACCACGCUUGCUGAGGCUCCCAGAACCGAGAAAGUAAUCAUGCCUUCUCUCAAGCGGUGAAUUUGUGGAAGCGCACAGACUACUGUUUAAAGGCUGCCGCAUCGAGGAAGCUGCUUCGAACAAUAUCGUUAGGUUUCACACAAGAGAACAAACAUUUAUAUAGUGGGCGUUUAUUUUCUUAUUUGUAAUAGACUCUUCCGAAAUCUCCAGUAGUAGUGAGACAAACUCAGUCUCCACUGUGGUGCUGUGCGGAUAAGCGGAGAUAAUCACAUUGCUGAUAAUAUUGAUCAUGUAGCUAAAUAAAUAUUAUCGCUGAUCAACUUUCUA